CAGGAGGGCCCCGAUGGCCCCGAUGGAUGCCCCACCACGUGGUACCCUCUGUCGUACCACAGUGAGGCAGGAGGGCCCCGGAUGGAUGCCUCACCACGUGGUACCCUCUGUCAUGUCACAGUGAGGCAGGAGGGCCCCGAAUGGAUGCCCCACCACGUGGUACCCUCUGUCGUGCCACAGUGAGGCAGGAGGGCCCCAGAUGGAUGCCCCACCACGUGGUACCCUCUGUCGUGCCACAGUGAGGCAGGAGGGCCCCGAUGGAUGCUAUCAACUAUGCUCUUAGGCUCUCCAGAUCCUGGGACAAUGAGCUGAAGAAAUUUCUACUCUUCAUAAACGACCUGCUCAGGUGUUUUGCUCUAAGGGUAGACAAUGCAUUUACAUACCCUGACCAAUAUUCCCUCCCAAUAUACUUUCCUCAAACUACUUAGCCCGCCAGUCUGCCUCGGUUGCCUUGGCUAGGAGCUCUUCUCAAGGCCCUGACUGUGUCCAGACAAUGCGUCCUUGCUGAUCUGAUCACUCCCAUGGUUCCUUGUCCAGCACAACUCCUUCUCUUACCAUGGGCAGUGUGAAAGGAGCAAGCACCAGGAACCACCUGACUGGGACCUGGAAAUGCCUCAUGGUCUCCCAGUACCUCAUCUCUUCCAUGCCUCUGUACCGUUGUACCACAUCUCAGAAUCACACCUUCAAGAUCAGGACUCUAGCCAGGACUCCAUCACUGGGGCCACGUUUCCAGACACUGGCAGUUACUUUCCAGAUACUAUCUCCCAUGUGGGAAGAGAAGGUGCAGGUCUCCAGGCAACAUGAGAUGAGAUGCUGGGAACCAAGCAUCAGGAAAGAACUCAGGAAGGAGACAAGACCCAGAUUGGAGGCUUCACCACCAAGGAUUACCCCAGCCUUCCAAGCAUGUCUAGCUACUUACCGAGGGCUUGUCAACCCUUCCUGGUUUCUAGCAGAAUUCCCAGCCUGGGGUGGCACGUCUCUGCUGCUAAGGAGGCAGACUCAGGACUUCAAGUGUGUGUAUGUGUUUGGGUCUUGUUCUCUAGCCCUGGCUAUCCUGGAAUUUGUUCCAUCCUCUAGACUUGGUCUUGUGACAAUCCUCCUGCCUACCAGGUGCUGGGAUACAGAAAUGUGCCACCACCCCCAUUCAGUUGGAAGAAGCUCUUUGUGACCCUUCUUGUCUCUGACGGGGUCAGGUGUCAGGGACGCCUUCAUAGCCAUGUCACCGAAUGGAGGAUGUGGUGAGAUUACCACUGAAUUAUUUAGAGAUCUCCUGCUGAUUUCAAGAAAAGAGAUUCUAGUCUAAAUUAUAUUCAUAAAUUCCAAAUCAUUAUUCGUAAUUUCACACUCAAAGCUUGGGCACUGUGGCUGUUCUCACAAAGCACUCCCCAUGGUGUAUGUGUGAAAUCUGGCCGCUCCUGUUCAUUCUCAGAGGUGUGUGGCCUGAGGUACCAUCUGGGCACUGCAGUGCUUAUGGAGUGAGGGCAAGCUGCCCACCCAAGGCUUUAGAAGUGCCUCUAUAAAAGAAACUUGUGGACGGUAACCUGAAAGUACCACAAGGCCUACAGACUCAUCACCCUCAAGGCGGAGGGCAAAUUUGGAGCAGUUCCUUCUCAUAGCAGAGAGAAGAUGGGAUGGAACUGGGGGUCCCUAAAGAAGGUAAACCAACUCUGGUUCAGCUCUUGACAUCAGCCUCCCAGACAUUGGAGGAGAG